AACAAAUCUUUACGUGAAUUUUUGUUCGUGUAUUAUUUUUGUGCUGCAACAAAAUCUGGAAAAAUAACAAGUGGCCAUCAUUGCAAUUGAAGUUAUUUUAAAAUUAAAUUUUUUAAACUAUCAAAAAUUAAGAAAAUUUUUUUAUUAGUGCGUAAAAUACAUCAAACCUGUUAUAAAAGAUGCAUCACUACGACGUUAUACAGCAUAAAACAACAAAAUUUUUACAAAGGAAAAGUGAUGAGCAUAAAUAAUUUAAUUAAAAUUAAGAACGAAAUAAGCGAUUAGCACUGAAAAAACACGAAAAAAAAAAAAAAAAUUGAAAGUUUUUUUGUGCCUGGAUUGUAAAAUUUUCAAUAGCAGCGCUAGUAUGAUUAAUCCCAAAAACUAUGAUUCCCGACGUAACAAUUCUACAUUGAUGUUGUUCGAUCGUUAUAUGUAUCCGCAAGUAGAUUAUGCUAUAAGAAGACGUUUACAAACCCAUCCAUCACAUAUACAGCGUCUUGAGUUGGAGGCUGUUUUGAACGGGCAUGAAGGCUGUGUUAACUGCUUGGAAUGGAGUACAAAUGGUCGCUUAUUAGCAUCAGGUUCUGAUGAUUUUCAAUUAUGCCUCUGGGAUCCAUUUCGAAGGAAGCGCUUACAUGCCAUACAUACGAAACAUUAUGGCAACAUGUUUUCGGUGAAAUUUCUCCCGAAACAUAAUGAUGCUUUGAUAGCUACAGCAGCGGCCGAUAAGUCAGUAAUGUUGUUUGAUAUCAAUUCCUCACAAGAAGCCAUUUACACAUGCCACUGUCAUGGGGCCAGAGUGAAGAGAUUGGCGACUGCACCAGACUCGCCAUACGUUUUUUGGUCUGCGGGUGAAGAUGGCGUCAUUCUGCAAUUAGAUCAUCGUGAAAAGCACACUUGUCGAUCGGAGGAUAAUCGUGUGCGCCUGAUUAAUUUAACCACUUAUAUUGAUACAAACGCUGAAGCUAAAUGCAUAGCGUUAAAUCCUGUAAAAACUGAACUUUUGGCGGUAGGUGCUAAUGAUCCUUAUGCGCGUAUUUACGAUAGACGCAUGCUAACACCAUCAUCGUCAGCCGCCGUAUUGGCAGCAGAGUCUUUUGAUAACGGGAGACCUAUACCUAAAGAUUGCGUUAAUUACUUUUGUCCUGGCCAUAUUAAUAAAAAUAAUUCCAAGGUUAUCGAACAUGAACCACGCGCCAUAACCUAUCUAACUUUUAACCCUACGGGCACUGAACUUUUGGUUAACAUGGGCGCUGAACAUAUUUAUCUUUAUGAUUUGUUGAAUGCCGAGCAGCCAGUGUUUCUUAAUCUACCGGAAUUUAAAUUGGCAGCCACAACGUGCUUAGAAGCUGAACCUGAUAAUUGCGCUGAAGUGACUAUUCCCAAAUGUUCAAGUAGUAAUCGUCGCAAAUUACCCGAAAAUAUAGAUGAAUACAAAAAAUUAGGUAACGAAUUGCUGGAAAAUGAACAGUAUUUAAGAGCCAUUAACACUUAUUCACAUGCUAUCGGAUUGGAAUCGCAGUGGCCGGUUCUGUAUUUAAAUCGCGCUACAGCGUAUAUGCGUCGUUUAUGGUUUGGAGAUGUUUACGCUGCUUUACGCGAUUGCCAUAAAGCCUUACGUUUAGAUUGUUCUUAUAUUAAAGCCCAUUUUCGUUUGGCACGAGCUUUACUAGAAUUGGGACGUCCUCAGGAGGCUGAUGAAUGCCUAAAAGAGUUAAUACGUCGUUUUCCUAGUUAUGCUAAUAAUCACGGCGUUCUCAUGCUCAACAAAGACAUCAAAGAGAAUCGUCAAACUACUCAAAGUCAACAGCAAGCCAAUGAAGCUUACAAUCGCUUAGAAUUAUCCGACGAUGAAUUUUAUUGGCGCAGCAAAGCCAAAGAUUAUUCUCUGCGUUUUGUAGGCCAUUGCAAUAUUACAACCGAUAUUAAAGAGGCCAAUUAUUUCGGUUAUAAUGGUGAUUAUAUAGUGGCUGGUUCAGAUGAUGGUAAUUUCUUUAUAUGGGAUCGUAAAACCUGCAAUAUACACUCCGUCUAUAAGGCUGACAGUGCCAUUGUCAAUUGUGUGGUACCUCAUCCAGAUAUAUGUAUGAUGGCCACAUCGGGCAUUGAUCAUAACAUUAAAAUCUGGUCUCCUCUGGAUGGUACAACAAAACCAAAUGCUGUGACCGGAAUUGAACAUAGUGUUGAAAGUAAUCAAAUGAAAAUGAAAACCGAUCCGUUCGAUAUAAGUACUAGAAAUUUAUUAUGCUGGAAUGGGUAAUUCAAUGGAAUAAUUAAAUGCUAUAAAACGGGACUUUUUUGUUACUUUUCACGAUAUUGUGAGAAUAUUAUUAAUAAAAAAAUUUUAUUUCACCUUUUUAUAUUUAUAUAUGUACCUAUGCAUGCGUAGAUAUAAAACACUCGUGAAACGAAAUCAAUGUUAU